AGAAGAUACAACUUUGGCGAUGGUUGUGAUAUGAACUCAUGCCUUUUUAUGGUUAGGUAUGUUUUCUUUGUAUUUGCUGUCUGUCUAUACAUUUCACUGUUGCCGAGAAGGAAAGAGUGAUGUAUGAAUCGUUGCAGGGUACUUUUGUCUGUACUGCAAAUGUCUAACUCAAGUGUAGUGACAGUAUAAUUCACAAUCUUAUUCAUCAAACCAUUGGGCAUCUAUGACAAAAUUGGCCAUCGCAUAUUGAUGUGUGGUUUAACUCGGCUUCCAUAAAACUUCGAGAGAGUAACGUAGGCUUGACGUUUUUUGGUCCGUAGUUAAUCCGUUCCUGCAUGUCACACGAGUUCAUGUGCUUUAUCCAAUGUAACUCUCGGCGCAUGCAUGUAGCAGUCGAACGAGCUAUUUUUCUACGACGGGUCCGGGACGGCGUAUAAAUAAUUAAUAUCUUAGGCCUUUGGUCCGUUAAAGGCCUGUCGAGGUAAUAGUGAGUCGACUUAAACGGCAACGUUACGCUCAAGUAAGAAAGACUAUACGCCGUCGUUUCAACGAGUCUCUCGAAGUCUCAAGUAUAAAUUACUCCUCCGAGUACGGUUGAUACUGGAUAAUGCAGGGAACGGACGAGGAUGAUUCUGGUAACCUCACCGUUAGUGACAUACCGACGUCAUUCCCUCCACAACCCUCACACAAAAUCGUUACAAAUCAGCUGCCAGCUUCGCCGGAGUAGUCAAAUCCCCACCGUCGAUCUAUGCAAUCCACGACAGACAAUGAACGGCUUCCAAAUAAGAACACGAGACAGAUCCAUCUUAUGCUUGGCUCGGCGGAAACCGGAGGCGGCGACAGUUGAGGUUGAAGAUGAUCCUCUCCAGAGCAUCCUUCGGUAUCUACUGUGGACAGCUGAAGCCGUGUACAUACUAUGGCUCUUCCUUCUUCCUUAUGCCCCCCAGGGAGAUCCAGUUUGGGCAAUUAGUUCAGAGACGGUGAACUCUCUCUUGGGACUUUCGUUGAACUUCUUCUUUAUCUUGCCGCUCACAAACUCAGUUGGUAUUCAUGUCCUAGAAGCUCCUGUUCUUCAUCCUGUAAGUACUAUUUAAGUAAUGUUCACACUAGUGUUACUCUAUUCAACGAUCUGCUGAAAAAUGUUUUCAU